AUGAGUGCUACUGUUGAAACAAGAGAUGAGUUCGAAAAUGUUAUAGUUUGUGAUUUAAAAUUAGUUUUGUUGGGUGACUCUUCUGUCGGUAAGACCUCUAUUGUUGGCAGAUUGACUACUGGCAAUUUUAUUAAUAGCAAUGCUACCAUUGGGGCAGCAUUUGUAACUACUACUAUUGAAGUUGAUGAUGAAGAGAUGAUUAAUGGUGGUAAUAACGGUAUGAGUAGUAAAAGGUCGAUUAAGAAAAGGGUUAAUUUUGAAAUAUGGGAUACUGCAGGACAAGAACGUUAUAGAUCAUUGGCCCCCAUGUAUUAUAGGAACACCGAUGUUGCAUUGAUUGUUUUUGAUCUUUCUAGACCUCAAAGUUUUAAAGGAGCUCAAAGUUGGAUUGAAGAAUUAAACUCAUACGUCGAAGAAAGUAGUCGGGGAGAGAUAAUUACUGUUCUAGUAGGUAGCAAGAAAGAUAUAGAGAUCGGCCAACCUUCAAUGGCACCUAUAAUAGACAACUUUGAUAAAUUAAAAUUUACCAAAAAUUUACAAAAAGUUAGUGCCAAGACAGGUGAAGGAAUCCAAGAAUUAUUCGAAAAUAUAGUGCGUGAAUUACCAAAUGAGAAGUUCAGACCAUUGGGUCAACCCAAUGGUGAACCAGAACAUCAUAAACACAUCAAGCUUGAUUCCAAAACCAGAUCAUGGACAAGAAUCACCGAUAGAACUGCUUGUGAGUGUUGA